ACCCCUCAAUGGCUUGUAUUCUUCUGAAACUUGGCCACAUCGUAUCCACACCAAACAUAUCCACUCGAUUUUGACUUCAAUUCCUCAAAUCCGAAUCCAUUUCAGUUCCACAAGAAUCUGAUAGAGAAAUUUCAGAGAUAGAAGGCGAAAUGUCGGGGGCCUGUUCAUUCCCCUUUGCCAAAAUCAAAAUCCCCACCGUUUCCUCGUCGUCGGCGGCCGUUUCUCCGUCGGCUUCGGCUGUCAGUUCCACUUCUUCAUCGUCCGCUCACAGUUCCAUCAGAUUCUCCUCCUCCAAACCUUUUGUCUUCACCAUUCGGAGCUCUCAGACCGACGGCCCUAUCAGGAGACCGGCGGCUCCUUCUCUGAGAGAGCCGUCGCCGCCUUCGCCGCCGCCUCCUCUCAAGCCGACUCCUACUUCGGCGACGGCUCCUUUUUCUCAGCCGUCGGCAAAGGCGUAUGUUGCAAAACAGGAUAAUACGAUCACUUUAGAGUUUCAGAGGCAGAAGGCUAAGGAGCUUCAGGAGUAUUUUAAGCAGAAGAAGCUUGAUGAGGCUGAUCAGGGACCGUUCUUUGGCUUCAUCGGGAAGAAUGAAAUUUCCAAUGGGAGGUGGGCAAUGUUUGGUUUUGCUGUUGGAUUGCUGACAGAGUAUGCAACUGGGUCAAACUUCGUUGAUCAAGUAAAGAUCCUCCUUUCAAAUUUUGGGAUAGUUGAUCUCGAUUGACACGAUGAACAAGGUCGAUGUUUAAUUUUUAAUGUAUCUACAUCUUGUAAUUCAUUUCAUAGUGUUCUUGAGAUUUGUUGUUUGAUACACAAAUUGCCAUUCAAGUUUGUGCUCCUUGCAAUGCUUACU